CGAAUAUUCGACAUUGCCAUCCUUACAUUCCUGCAUUGUUUGUAGUUUGACUCACAAGCAAAAGAAAAGACCCAACAGCAUCCGCCGACUUUUUUACUACCCUUGAUUGCUUUUCCUCUCUUUGUUACCCCUCUCCGUCACCAUGAAGAUCCUCGCCCCUCUCCUCGCUGCGGCCGUGUCCUUCUCUCACCUCGCAUCCGCCACCGGUCUUGAGAUCGAUUACCUCACACCGGCCAUUGAAUGUUCCCGCAAGACGAAGAAGGGGGACAACAUUGAAGUACAUUACCGCGGCACACUUCAAGAGACAGGCAAGGAGUUUGAUUCAAGCUAUUCGCGAGGAAAUCCUCUACCGUUCCAGCUAGGUGCUGGACGGGUGAUCAAAGGAUGGGACGAGGGACUCGUUGACAUGUGCAUUGGCGAGAAGAGACGAUUGACCAUCCCUCCAGACAUGGGCUAUGGUGAGAGAGCAGUUGGGCCCAUUCCCGGAAACAGUGUUUUGGUCUUUGAGACGGAACUGAUGGGGAUCAAAGGCGUCAAGAAGGAUGAGCUUUGAAGAAUUUCGCUGAAAUAAAUAAGCCGUCAAUGACUUUUGAGUGUGGAUGAUGCAUAAACAGUUCACGGAAAAGAAAAACCCCCGAUUUCGGUACCAUGCCACUGAAACGAAAGGUGUAUUAGCAAGAGCACAAAGGUAUAGAGAGUUGCACAAAAGCAAUUCAUCCUGAAAAUCCAUAUAUAUCUACUUG